AUGCGCUCGGACAAAGGCCAAGAUGUCCUCAGCCGGAACGGUCGUCGGAUCCGGGCCCGGGAUUACGAGAAGAUCAAGAUUUCCUGGGCCUACAGAAUUGGAAGCCAGGUCGUCCGUGAGAUUGAUGGAGAGGUUUGCGGUGAGAUUGGCGGGCGAUUUGUGGCUGCCGAUGUAAUGGAUUUCCGAGGGAACGGCGAGGUCUACGAGGGAUUGUGGGAGGGAGCACAUUGCCAGGUAUUCCGGGGCCAUGAUGGCAAAGAGGUCGAUUGCGGCGAGGUCCAGGAGUUGGACGGUGUUGCUGAGCAGGGCUCCGAUGCGGAGGGGCUUUGUUGCGGGAGAAGACAUGGUGCUGGGAAGCUGGAUAAACUCCCUCCGACAAAGCUGCUGGUUCAGGGGGCAUCAAUGCUCCCGAGCAACUCCGCCAUCCAAUGA